AUGAAGGGCUUCGUACUGUCUCUGGUCUUUGCUGCCACAGCGGCUGCGCUUCCUGGCGCAUCGUUCAGGACGGCUGGCAAACUGCCAGCUAUCAAGAGAAACCCUCUCCGCCGCGCUAGCCAGAUAAUUCCCGUCGUUGUUGGCGGUCCCCAAGACACAUUUGUCCCCAAUUCCAUCACUGCCGCUGUGGGCGACAUUGUGCAAUUCCAAUUCUCAAACGGCAACCACACCGUCACCCAGUCCACCGCUGAUACCGCAUGCACGCCCAUGGAUGGUGGUAUACACAGCGGCCACAUUCCCUUUGAGGAUGGGCAAACCGAAGUCGGAACUUUCAAUAUGCCCAUUACAAGCACUGAGCCCAUGUUCUUGUACUGUGCAACGGGCCCGCAUUGCCAGCUCGGUCAGGUUAUGAUGAUUAACCCGUCUAAUGCGACGCAGUUGGCUGAGUACACAAAGAAGAGCCAGCAGAGCAGUGCCAGUGUUGAUGGUACGGAUGUUGUGGGUGGAACGCCGGGCAAGUUGGCUUUGGAGGCUGCUGCUUUUGUACCUGCUCCCCCUGAGGAGGAGGGCGCUGGUGGUCCACCUCCUGCUGAGGCACCACCCGCUGCUGAGGCACCUGCUGCUGAAGCUCCCGCUGAGUCUCCCGCUCCAGAAGCA